CCCUGUGUCUCUAGUGGUUUGCCUAAACCAACAAACAUCACCUUCUUAUCCAUAAACAUGAAGAAUGUCCUACAAUGGAAUCCGCCAGAGGGUCUACAAGGAGUUGAAGUUACUUAUACUGUGCAGUACUUCAUAUAUGGGCAAAAGAAAUGGCUGAAUAAGUCCAAAUGUAGAAAUAUCCAUAGGACCUACUGUGAUCUUUCUGCUGAGACUGCCGACUAUGAACACCAAUAUUAUGCUAGAGUGAAGGCCAUUUCGGAAACAAAUUGUUCCAAAUGGGCUGAAACUGGGCGAUUCUAUCCUUUUUUAGAAACACAAAUUGGCCCACCAGAAGUUGCUCUGACUACUGAUGAGAAGUCCAUUUCUAUUGACCUGACGGCUCCAGAGAAAUGGAAGAUAAACCCAGAAGACAGUUCUGUUUCCAUGCAACAAAUAUACUCCAAUCUGAAGUAUAAUGUGUCUGUAUAUAAUACUAAAUCAAAUAGAAUGUGGUCCCAGUGUGUGACCAACCACACACUGGUGCUCAGCUGGCUGGAGCCAAACACUCUGUACUGCGUCCACGUGCAGUCCUUCGUCCCAGGGCCUCCUCGCCUUGCUCAGCCUUCUGAAAAGCAGUGUGUCAGUACUCUGGAAGAUCAAACAUCAGUGUUCAAGGUUAAAUUUAUCUUCUGGUAUGUUUUGCCCAUAUCUGUUACCGUGUUUCUUUUUUCUGUGAUGGGCUAUUUUACCUACCGAUAUAUCCACGUUGGCAAAGAGAAACACCCAGCAAAUUUGAUUCUGAUUUAUGGAAAUGAAUUUGACAAAAGAUUCUUUGUACCUGCUGAAAAAAUCAUGAUUAACUUUAUCACCGUCAAUAUUUUGGAUGAUUCUAAAGUUUCUCAUAAGGAUAUGAGUUUGCUGGAAAAAAGCAGUGAUGUAUCCAGCCUUAAUGAUACCGAGCCCGGCAGGAGCCUGGAGCCCCAUCAGGAGGAAGCCGAGGGGACACACUCAGGGUAUGCUUCGCAUCUGAUGGAAAUUUGCUGUGCCUCUGAGGAAAACACCAAAUGUAGUUCCCUCAGCCAGCAAGAGUCACUCAGCAGAAUGAUACCCACAGAUAAAACAGUCAUUAAAUAUGAAUAUGAUGUGAGAUCUACUGACAUUUGUGUGGGGCGUGAAGAUCAAGAGCUCAUUUUGCAAGAGGAGGUGCUCACACAAGGAAAAUUAUGUGAGCAACAGGCAGCUCUGGCAAACUUGGGUCCACAAACUUUGCUGUGUUCCUAUACCCCUCAGCUCAGAGACUUAGACCACCUGGCCCAGGAGCACGCAGACUCGGAAGAGGGGCCAGAGGAAGAGCCAUCAACAACACUGGUCGAUUGGGACCCUUGGACUGGCAGGCUGUGUAUGCCUUCGAUGUCCAACUUUGAGCAGGACUCAGGGGGCUGUGAGCAUGCUGAGUACAAUGGCUUCUCAGAUGAGGGCCUUUUGUCUAGAUUCUGUGAUGAGCAGGCUCCAGACAAGCCACUAGAAGACAGUGAAGCCUAUCUCAUGCAAUUUAUGGAGGAAUGGGGAUUACACAUACAAAUGGAAAACUAACUCCAAAAGGUCCCUUUGCCAGACCCCUGCUGCAAUGAGGCACGUGAGUGCACACAAAUGAGCAGCCCAACAAUAAAGCAUUUGAGAUCAAA